CAACUGAGAGACCAUCGUUGCCAGGACUAACACAGGCCAUCAAGCCUCCUGUCCUUCCCAAACUGAAACUGAAAGCUUGAUGAACGUUGGACACUGACUUUGUUGUGUUGCUCAUAAACUCUGUACACUUACGGAGCGCGGUAUUGUGACUUUGACUUCGCUGGUGCCGGGCUAUAUGUGAUGGCUACGAACGACUCGACCAAGCCAAAAGAUCCUCCUGAGGUUAUAGUAGAUGUUACAAAAAAACGGGAGUUUCUCCGCGGAAGGUUUUUGGGAAAGGGAGGAUUCGCAAAAUGCUAUGAACUUAUUGAUCGAAAAACAGGUGAAAAGUACGCCGGUAAAGUUAUUAACAAGUCAGCCUUGGUCAAAGACUCCCAAAAAGAGAAAAUGCGCCAGGAGAUCAGUAUCCAUCGUUCUCUAAAACAUGAAAAUGUUGUUAGAUUCUAUGGAAACUUCGAGGAUAGUGAAUUCAUAUACAUUUUGCUUGAACUUUGUAACCGCAGAUCGCUUUUAGAACUACACAAGCGUAGGAAGUACGUCACUGAACCAGAGGCCAGGUAUUUUAUGAAACAAAUUGUCCAUGGCUGUCAAUACCUUCAUCAAAAUAAGGUCAUGCAUAGAGAUCUUAAGCUGGCCAACCUUUUCCUCGACGACAACCUGAAAAUCAAAAUAGGGGAUUUCGGGCUUGCCUCGAGAAUCAGUCAUGAGGGUGAGAAGAAAAAAACGUUGUGUGGUACUCCCAACUAUAUUGCUCCCGAAAUUUUAAGUAAAGGCGGACACAGCUUCGAAGUAGACUCAUGGUCUCUUGGUUGUAUACUUUAUACUCUUCUAGUAGGGAGUCCCCCUUUCGAAACUACCAAACUGGAAGAAACGUAUGCACGCAUUAAGCAAAAUGAGUACCGCAUUCCGAUUCGUGUGUCAACGAAUGCCUCAAUGCUCAUCCGCUCACUCUUACAUGCCGAUCCAGAAAGAAGACCAAAUAUGUUCAAUGUACUCGAUCAUGAUUUCUUUAAAGACUUUACACCUAGUGGUCUUCCUGUAAGUUGUCUUUCAACAUGCCCCAGAUUUGAUACUAUGCAUCGACCACAAACCGGACGUCGCCCAUUGUCUGACAUCAAUCCCGUUGAGGAUGUUCCUAUUACCAGUGGUGGUGGUGCCCUUGGUAACGUUGGCGGUGCUGCAGUUGAUAAAGCCGUUCAGCCGGAUGACUGCUGGCUUGGGUUACUUAAGCACAAAUUAGGUCGUGUAUUAGAGGAACCCAAGGAAUUUGACGAUUCAUCACCAAAAGCAAUGGAAGAAAGUGAAGUUCCAGCAGCCUGUCCAAUAUACUGGGUCAGCAAAUGGGUUGAUUAUUCAGAUAAAUAUGGUUUGGGAUAUCAAUUGUGUGAUAACUCAUAUGGUGUCGUAUUCAAUGACGUGACAAGACUCCUUUUAACAACCAAUGAACAGAAUCUUCAGUACAUCGACGAACAUGGGACUGAACGUUUGUUUACUCUGUCAAAGCAUCCGGAAUAUCUGUCAAAAAAAGUGACGCUUCUCACAUGCUUUAAAGCCUAUAUGCACCAGAAUCUUCUUAAGGCUGGUGAGAAUAUUGCGCGACCGGACACUGAUGCCAUGACUCGUCUACCCUUUCUUCGCCGAUGGUUUAGAACACGCUCAGCUAUUGUACUGCAUUUAAGCAAUGGAACGUUGCAAAUAAACUUCUUUGAUGAUCAUGCAAAAAUCAUUCUAUGUCCCUUAAUGCGUGCCGUAACUUAUAUCGAUGCCAACAGGGAGUUCAGAACGUACCGCUUCAAACAUCUACGGGAAUUCGGUUUAAGUAAGGACUUAGCAAACAGAUUGAGAUACGCACAAGAAAUGAUAGAGCGUCUCAUCCCAAAAUGCGGAACAAUCUCCUCCAAUUUAAAUGAUCCCAAUACAAAAAUGACUGUAGAUAAUGGGAAGUCCAACAAACCAGUUUCAGCGGAUGUACAGAAAACAAAUGCGACUGGGACUGGAGCAGCGACUAAGAAAAUAACUCGACCGACUAAUCAAUAGUUUCCGUUUUAUUUUCUGUCCGUUUUUAUUCUUCAGACUGAAUUCACAAUGUCAUUGUCGUUUAUACUUAGCAUUACCUCUUUCAAAGUGAAUCUGAUUUAAUUUAGUCACAUUUUUCUGAUAGAAAUUUUGUACACUUUGAUUGCACUCCUGAUUUCAUCCAUGGUUGUCCACAACACUACGAAAUUGUUAAUUCACACCGAUCCAUCGGAAUUUUAAAAGUAGUAUCAAUAUCUAGAUUUCUUCAUGUCUCUGUAACUUACAUGUUGAUCUGUGAAAUCUAAAUUUAUUGUAAAGCAUUUCCUAGUGAAUGGAUACGCUUAUUCAUCUUUUUCGACUAUGAAAUUUGUCAAAAAUGGUAUAUGCGGGGAAGUUUCACAUUCAUGUCUUCAUUUUGACCUUUCUAACAUUGUUUAAUAAUACCUUUAAUUAGUAUAUGGCGAAUUUUAUAAGGCACGGGCGUUUCGCAAGUAUACAUCUAAUCAUCUGACGUAUAAAGUUGCAGACUAUCUCAUAUAGAGCUUCUUUGUAAAGGCUUUCAUGAAUAAGUUACUGAAAAUCUAAACGUUAUGCACUGUUCUGGCAAAGUUCUUACUCUGUUCAACUUACAACUUUUGUAAAACGUAAUAUGAGGCUUCAUAGUUUCUCAGUGUAAAUAUUGCUUUACUCUCGAUUGAUUCUUAAGUCAUAAUUAGUUUUGAACUUUACAACGUGAGUACAAGAGAGUAAAUCACGUUCGUAGUGUUGAGAAAACUAAAAGAACGAGCAUCAAUAACGAAGUAGGAUGCUGAAGGUUUUAGUUCGUGGGAUAUAUUUUGAAAUUAAUUGUGUCUAAUCAACACAAUAGUAUGCUUUAUGCAAGUUGAAUUUCGUCUCCAAUAGGUUGUUGCUAGUUAGUUUAAUGAUCAUUCGGUCACCAGAAAUGAUAACAGGAUUACCGAUCUAUACGUACCUCACGUCUAUAUAAACACUCUCGGUAGUUGUGAUAGUUACACAAUGCUGAACUAGUUUAUUAUUGCUUUCUCUUCAAAUAAUUACUGAUCACUGAGGCAGUAGCUGUUCUUUCAACGUUGAUCUUUGUGAUAAGUUUUCGUAGCUACGAAACUUAUCUGUGUAUGCUGCUACUUCAAUUUAGCUGCCAUCUUAGGUAUAUAUAACUAAGGAAUGAGGACAAUGUUGAUCAAAGUAACCGGUGAUAAUGGAUGCAGCAAUUCAGAAGCAUUUAAUCACCAGGCUAACAAAAGAUCAUAUAACUUGCAAAGUACACAUUUUGUGUACUCAACUUUGAGUCAUCAUUUUCUAUAAAUGCUUGAAAUAGUAUCCUAACGAGUUGGAGCGUAGUUUGCACCAGCGACUUACCGGUUGAAACUGAAAAAAGAUUUGUGAAUCACUUUGUAACUGAUUUACUUUAUAAACUUGGUAGUUCCAUGAUAAAUCGGAGCUGCAGCUCUAUGGUGUGAGCUAUCGACUGGCUUACAACUCGCUUCGUUUCAGUAGGAGUAGGAAGUUGGUAUUUCAAGCCGUACUGUUCAGAUUACGCCUUGAAAUUAACUGCGUAAUCAUGUACCUGGUGACUAAGUAAGAUCGGGAAGUUAUCAUAUGAAUUAGAAACGCAGCAUAUUGUUACUGCAAUAUUCAAGACUCCUAUAUGAUAAUCAAAUGUACAUAGUAAAGAAUUUUAAUGGUUAUGGGGAUUUCAGAAUACCAUAUUGGUUCUAU